CAGCAGUGGCUGCGGAGAUGUACGAACUUCCGGUUGUCCCGGCAAGCUGUGGUCGCCGCCGAAGCCGCCGCAGUCUCCGCCACCCGCCGUGCAGGCUCUCGGCCGGGGCAGUCGGCUCUUGGCCGGUUCCGGCGCGCCCAUGGUCGGCUCUGCGGGCCGGGAGGCUGGCCCGGCGGCUGCGGCGUGCUGAGAGGGCGGCGUGGGAAGGAUGCCGGCCCCGCGCGGCUGCUCGGGGCCUCGCCGCCUCCUGGCUCCGGCCUUCUUCCUGCUGUUGCUGCCCGCGCUGAGCCGGUCCGGAGCGGUGCUGUCAACAGCAGCCAGGGCGGCGCCCCGAUCCCGGGUUCCCGAGCCCGGGCCGCGCACGUUGUCACCGCUGCCUCCCGGCCCCACCGCGGCCCAGCCCCGGGGUCAAGCUCAGGCUGAAGCCGCCGGCCCUCGAGGCUCGGAGGGCCGCAAUGGCAGCAGCCCCGGAGCGGAGUCAGAGGCCGAUGGCCUUGGAGGGAAAGCCGGGGAAGGCUCGGUGGGUGGCAGCUUGGCGGUGAGCCCCAACCCUGGCGACAGGCCCAUGACCCAGCGGGCCCUGACCGUGUUGGUGGUGGUGAGCGGCGCGGUGCUGGUGUACUUCGUGGUCAGGACCGUCAGGAUGAGGAGGAGAAACCGUAAAACUAGGAGAUACGGAGUUUUGGACACUAACAUAGAAAACAUGGAAUUGACACCUUUAGAACAAGAUGAUGAGGAUGAUGACAACACAUUGUUUGAUGCCAAUCAUCCUAGAAGAUGAGAAUGUGCCUUUCAUGAGAAGACUUCAUAUUUCUACCGAAGAACAGAAUUUCUAUGUCAAAGGAAUAAGAAGCCACUCUAUUGAGGGGAGGGGAUUUAAGUUGCAUACAUUAUGACAACCUUUAAUUUGUUUUUGCUGCAAUAAAUACUGUAUGAUUUUGUUAUAUCUUUGUAUAUUUGGAACUGCUGUAUGAAUGGGCUCCAUGCUCUUAGGGACAAACUUUAUUGUACUGGACUUUCCAUUGGAAAAUUAUUUUAAAAUGGUAUUUUCUGAAGAGCUUUGUCCUUUCCUUUUACCAUACUAUUAUACCUUGUUUGCUUUUAAGUACCAAUCAAUUGUUGUUAAUUAUUUUUGUCAGUGUCAUAAUUUAAAGAACUAGAAGCCACAACUAACUGGUAUGAAAAGUUAAUUAAAAUUCUUCUUUACUAAGAGUUUCCCAUUUUUGUGGGGGAAAAAAGCCAAAUUUGUUAUGUUUUUGAGUUUUUAAAUAAUAGUAAUUGUCUGUGCUAUUGUAUGCAAAAGUAUAAAUGUAACUUAAAAUUAUUUAAGUGGUACAGACAGUUGUUUACAAAAUAAACACUCCAUUAUUAUGUAUUAAUGUGUGUUUUUAUGUUAUCUCUAUGUACUGAGUCUAAAAUGUGUUUUUCCUUAGCUUAGUGACUCACAUCUAUAAUUCUUGCAUAAGACUGGAGAUUUUUCUGAGAUUGAGUUCAAGAAUAAAUGGGGCAAAGAAGGUUGAAUAUCUUCUUAGAGAUGAGAUAUUUUGGAAAUCUAUGAAUUUCAAAGGCAUUUAUAAUUUAAUGUGAGAGAGUUAAUUACAGACCAAAUUGUAUGGUUCUGAGUCUUGUCAGAAGAGAUUAAAGAGACCAAGAGAUCUUGA